AUGUUCCGCGUGGCCGCCUCGCGCCUCGCGCGGCGGGCGCCCGGCGCGGCGCGGCCCCCCGCCGCCCAGCCCGCGGCGCCGCGGCCGGCGGUUGCCCUGCAGCCCCCAAAGCCCGCCGCGGCCGACGUGGCAGUGGACCCGUGGACGGAGGUGCGGGACGAGAAGAGCGGCGAGGCCUAUCUUAGCGGGCGGAAGCCGACCACCGCGCUCGGGGCGCCCAAGCCGUCCCCCGACCCGUGGAAGGAGGUCCGGGACCAGAGCACCGGCCAGGUCUAUCCGCAGACCAACGAGACGACGGCCCUCGGCGCUCCGCGACCCGCGCCGGCCGCGGCGGCGGCGGCAGGCGCCGCCGCGCCAGCCGCUGCGGGCAGCGGAGGCGGGCUCGGCGCCGCCAUGGCGGACGGCAUGGCGUGGGGCGUCGGCACGUCCGUGGCCAGCAGGAUGAUGAUGGACGGCGUCCUGGGCCCCCGGCAGGUGGAGGUGGUGCACCGCCACGAGGGCGCCGGCCCCGAAGCGGCGCCGCCGAGCCCGAGCCCGGACGACGCCGGCGCCGCGGCGGGCUCCGGGGCGGGAGACGACCUGGGCUCGCAGGGGUGGGCAUGGGGCGGCCAGAGCGGCGGCUUAGAGGAGAGCCCGCCGGAGCCCAGUGGCGGUGGCGACGAGGGGGGCGGCUUCUUCGGCGCCGUGACCGACUUCUUCGGCGGCGACGACGGGGACGGGUGGUGA